AUUGAAGAGUGAACACAAGGAGAGAGAAGACAGAACAUUUAGUUUUCAUUUACUUUAUUUCCCUUAAUAAAAAUAAUAAUAACAAAAAUAGAAAAUUCAUAAAAAAAAGAGUUAAAAAUAAAGACAACCAGGCAGAAGAUGUUAAACAAGUAAUCAUCUAAUAAAUGUAUGCAUUUAACUAUGUAUACAUACAUGUAGGGACACCCCCAUCUCCUUCAUUUUCUUCAUCAAGAUAUUAUAAUCAUCAUUUUUUUUCUUGGACUUCGUUCCAGAAACCACUGAAUCUUUGUGUUUGCUUAUGCUUCACUAAUCUCUCCCACAAAUUUGGGGAUCUAUUUACAAUUUGCAGAAGAUAAAAUGGAGCUUAAAGAUCAUAACCAAGGAAGGUUACGUGAUCAAAUAUCAAAGGUUGUGACAGUGGUAAUAAUACUUGUGUUGUGCCAUUUUUCAUUCUAUCUUGGUGGCCUUUUUUGUUCCAUGAAGUAUGAAUUUGUCACUAAAGAAAUUGCGAAAUCCAUUGAAUCUUCGGAAAUGACUCUUUCUUCUUCGGUCCAAGUGGAAUUUGUUUCAUUCCCACAAUGCAGUGCUAAGUUACAAGACUAUACGCCUUGCACAGAUCCUAAGAGAUGGAAGAAAUACGGAAAACAAAGGCUUACAUUCAUGGAACGCCACUGUCCACCAGCUUUCGAUAGGAAAGAAUGCCUGGUACCACCACCUGAUGGCUACAAGGAGCCGAUCAGAUGGCCAAAGAGCAAAAACGAAUGUUGGUACAGGAACGUUCCGUAUGAGUGGAUUAACAAACAAAAAUCUAACCAACAUUGGUUACGAAAAGAAGGGGAGAAGUUUUAUUUCCCCGGUGGUGGUACUAUGUUUCCUGAUGGUGUAGGUGCAUAUGUUAACCUUAUGCAAAACUUGAUUCCGGGAAUGAAAGAUGGGACAAUUCGUACUGCUAUUGAUACCGGUUGUGGGGUUGCUAGUUGGGGAGGUGACUUGCUCGAUCGUGGGAUUCUUACAGUUUCUCUCGCUCCAAGAGAUAACCACGAGGCACAGGUUCAGUUCGCCCUAGAACGUGGGAUUCCCGCCAUUCUUGGAAUCCUAUCAACACAUCGUCUCCCUUUUCCGUCAAGUUCAUUUGAUAUGGCUCAUUGCUCUAGAUGCUUGAUCCCAUGGACAGAAUUUGGUGGAGUUUACCUUAUUGAGGUACACCGAAUCCUUCGUCCCGGAGGCUUUUGGGUCCUAUCAGGCCCUCCCAUAAACUACGAGAAACAAUGGAGAGGUUGGGACACAACUAUAGAAGAACAAAAAACUAACUACGAGAAACUACAAGAGCUUCUUACUUCAAUGUGUUUCAAGUUAUACAACAAGAAAGACGACAUUGCAGUGUGGCAAAAAUCCUCAAACCAAAGUUGCUACAAACAACUUGAUACUCCCAACAACUACCCACCAAUAUGCGAUGAUUCGAUCGAACCAGAUUCAGGAUGGUACACUCCCUUGAGACCUUGUGUCAAUGUUCCCGACCAAAAAUACAAGAAAUCGAGCUUGCAGUUGAUUACAAAAUGGCCCAAAAGAUUGCAUGUGACUCCAAAACGGGUUGCUAGUGAUGGUGCAUUUAAGCAAGAUGACAACAAGUGGAAAAUUCGAGUGAAUUACUACAAGAAGUUGCUUCCGGUUAUAGGAACCGAUAAAAUCAGAAAUGUAAUGGAUAUGAAUACAGUUUAUGGCGGUUUGGCUGCGGCUUUAGUCGAGGAUCCACUUUGGGUCAUGAAUGUUGUUUCCUCGUAUGCUCCCAAUACACUUCCGGUGGUCUUCGAUAGGGGUCUCAUUGGCACUUUCCAUGAUUGGUGUGAAGCGUUCUCAACGUAUCCUCGGACAUAUGAUCUCCUUCAUGUAGACGGCCUCUUCACAACCGAAAGUCAUAGAUGUGAUAUGAAAUACGUGUUAUUGGAAAUGGAUCGGAUCUUAAGGCCAAAGGGGUAUGCGAUCAUUAGGGAAUCAAGCAACUUUGUAGAAGCGAUCGCAACAAUAGCAAAAGGAAUGAAAUGGGAUUGUUUUAAAGAAGCCACCGAGUAUAAUAUUGAGACCGAGAAGGUUCUGAUUUGCCGGAAGAAACUUUGGUACUCGCAGCAGAGCGCAUAAUAGACCCUACCGAAAACAACAUUGUUUUUGUAGCAUAGGAUGUAAGGUCAAUAAAAUGACACAGGCAUAUGUGUAACAAGUGUAAGGUGGCUUUUUGUUUUUUUAUAGCAUGAGAUACAAGUUAUGAAAGUUUUAUUCUUGUGGA